CUUAUUUAUUUAUAAAAUCAUUUGUUUAUAAAAUUUUGUGACAUUAACAAUUUUUGUUGUGGGAAAAUUCCUCUGUGGGAAAUUAAUAUACAUCGAAUUAUGAGAAAGGCCUUUUUGAAUAAAUUGCACCAGUCAUGACUACUUUGCAUCAGGAAAUCGUCGUUCCAAAGCCUGAACAUGAGGCGCAGGAAGUCGACGGGAGCAGCCAGGAGAGCUCCAACGAAACGACAAAAGAACUGUUCCGUCGCGAGUCCCCUGUGAAAGAGCUUUCCCCUCCCCCAGUCGAACCCGCCCCGAAGACCACCCACACGUACAAACCCACCAAGCCCGCCAAACCCCCUCUCACGAAAAAAGAAAGCGCGACCAAAAAAACCUCAAACUCCGGGAUCCCCCUCCGACUUAAAUCCGGGUCCAACACGGUGACCAAACCGCUGGCGAAAACCGGAACUUACCGCCAUUCCCAGCCGAUGGGUCCCGUCAUCAACAAAAACACCCUGGAGGUCCAGUUCAUGAACAACAAGAAGCGACUUUUGCAACUCCACGCGGAACUCGUGGAAAAGCAAAGACCGCUCCUGGACAUGCACAAGUCGCUCUUGAGGACCAAAAAGCAGCUCGAAGAGUUGGGCAAGAAGGUGGUGCUUGAGGAUCUUAAAAUAAUGACUCUGAAAACGGACGACGUAAACCUGAAGAACCAGCUGGAUGGUGCUGGUGAAAAUCCCGCAGCUGAAACUGCGAUGAAUCUGAAGAGCUCAAUCGAAAACGCUUUGGACACAUGUGUGAAAGUUUGCAAAAAAUGUUUCGUGAAACGUGAUCAAGUUGUCAAAAUGUUGGAAAGUGCGUCCAAAUCCGCAAUUGAACCGUCAGAACUCGAGGCAGAAGUGGAAGAGCUCAAGAAGGAGCGAGACGACAUGGAGGAAACCAUCGAAAGUGCGAUCAAAGAAAACGAGAAGAAAAUCGAUGAGUUGAUCAACAACUGGCAGAAAGCCGUCAAAAUGGGAAGCAUGAACGAACAGUUAAGCAACAAAAUUACCGAGUUGGAGGAUACGAUCAAACAGCAGCAGAAGGCGAUCCAAGACGCUGAAGAUAAUCUUCACUCCUUGAAUCGGAAGUUUGAGGACAAGAAGGCCACUUACGAGAAGACCAUCGCGGAAAUGCAGGAGAAAAAUAACAAACUUGAGGAAGAUUUGAAGAAGGAGAAGAAAAAUGCGAACGACAAUUUAAUGAAGAGCAGAACUAUGCGUAGCAAAGUGGCCGAGCUUGAAAGCCGGACCAAAGAAGCCGAAGAGAGGAACAACGAAGUGUCCAACAAACUCAAGCAAUUGCAGGAACAAAUGAGGCGGAAGGAGGUACAGUGGAUGAAGGAGAAGGACGAGUUUAAGAAAAACGAAACACACCUCCAACAGAAAUUUUGUGAGAGACAGUCCCAAUUCGAUACAAGGUUGAAAGACAUGGAGAAAUUGCAAAAGGAGACGGAGCAACAACAACAAAACUACUUUCGGAAUUUUGAAACUCAGCUCGAAAUCAAGGACCAGGAAUUCGGACUUCUAGAAAAAGAAAAGGAUGCUUUGGCUGAAAAAAGCCAGGCCUUAGAGGAGGAAUUGGAGGAGUUGAAAAAACAGCUUGAGCGCAAAGAGCAAGAAAUUGAACAGUUGAGUGUGAAAACGGAGACGAUUCCUUCAAUCGGAUACAACAGUGAAAGUCAACUCAUGGAGCUGAUGGAAUACAAACAUAAAAUCGCAGAAGUGCAAAACACCAUUCAGCAACAAACCGACCAAAUUAAUAAGAUGCAAAGCUCGCUCAAAGCUCACGCGAAAUUGGCGGCUGCGCUCAAACUGGAGAAGGACAAUGCGAUCAAAUACUCGAACAAAUUAAGAGAAGUGCUGCAGGAGGCGCACGACGAGAUCGAGUUCAAGAACAAGACCAUUUACAAAAUCCACGAGAAGUUGGUGUUGAAGGAUCGGGAUUACGACAAGCUGAAGGAGCAAUUGAAAGAAUUGGAGGCGUUUUCGGAGCAAUACGCGGGCGACAAGUGGAGCAACAGGAACAGGUGCCAGAUCUGCAUGACAUCUCUGAGUGGGGAAAAGGAGAAUUCAUCAUAUGUCGAGAGCGAAGUGGGUAAACGUAGCGCUAGAUUCCCGCAAUACGUGUCUGAAUCGUUGAUUGGCAUGUCUGUGAAAAAAGUUGAUCAUCUCCGCGCACGGCUCGACAAUCUGAAGAAAAUGAAACUUCCGAGUAACGCGGGGAAAAAGCACCUGAACGUGAAAUAUUCGUUUACGGCGAGAGACGCGAAACCGAUUAGCAAUCGACUGCAAAAACAAAUCGAGUUGAGGGGGAAAUUGUAUCAAAUUUUGCAAAAGCAUGCCGAUCAAUCUUGCGAGGACUUUAUUCAUUUGCUGAAGUUGACGGUGUCGAAUGCGGGGAAAGAAACCGACGAAUUAAAACCUUCAAACAUUAGAGACAUCGAGGAAACGCUCCAAAACGUCCCGCGACACUUUUCCGAUAUUAAAAUGAGCGAGUCCUUCAGUGGCAUCUCGCAGUUGCUCGAAGCCGCUCCACUUAGCGAAUGCUACGGUAAAUUCGAUAGUCCUGCGUACUCCGACACGGACGAUAUGAUCUAUUAGUUUAUUUAAGAAAGGUUUGAAGGAUUUAAUUCUGUCUAAUUUUGGUGACGUUUAGUGCAAGUGUUUUUUUUGUAUUUCAGAGCGAAAAUUAAAUUCAUCAGGCCUUUCUCAUCCAUCUGACACGCCAAAUGUAUCAUAAAAGGGAACAAUAAAGCAAACUGAUUGUAUAAAA